AUGUAUGCAUGUGUACCUAACCAAAGUGCAAUCAUUCAAGAAUACAAGAAACUUCCAUCUUCGUGCCCAAGGGAACUCAGACCAGUGAUGGUUCGUUCUAUUGAGGAAGCGGAUAAACCAUCCAAUAGGGGAAAGAAACAGGAUAAACAUAGUGAAGGACUGGUGAUCAAAGGAUCUAAGGGGCAAACUCCAAAGAAACGAAAGACUGAGCAGGCGGCACCUUCACAUCCUAAGAAGAAAAAGACAAAGAAACCGGCUCGGAGGCUUAUCCUUCAGUCCACAAGUCAUUCAGAUUCUGAUUAUGUCCCUACUGGACAUAAACGACCCUCUCCUACUGUAUCUGAGAGAGAAAGCUCUGAUGAGGAGGUUUCAAUUCGUGGUGCAACCCCUCCUCACUCGCCGACUCCAGAGGUACCUGUUCGCUCUAAAGCACCUUCUCCUCCACCUGCUUCUAUUCCUAUUUCCUUACCCACAACCUUCCCGUUACUUUCCUCUUCCUCUGCUAAUCCCUAUUUAGAAGCUAUUCUCAAGGCCCUCUUCUCUUCUGCAGUUAAGGAGCAUGAAAGAUUUAUCUCAAAGGAAGCGAAGGCCAUUGAUGCCUCAACUUCUCGAUGCCAGAAGGCUUCGCUUGCAGUGGAAACCUCUACUAAAGAAUGCAAUGAAGCAACCACAAAAUUCGAAAAACUAAUCUCAGAAGCUCAACUCUUUCUAGAUUCCCUUCAAGCUGCUGCUCAAAAAAAUGCUAAUACUGUUGGGUUUUGA